AGCACAACAAACUUGCCAAAGAGCGACACAAAAAAAAAUCAAUUGCAAAAAUUAAACACUGGAAUAAUAGUAAUAAUAGCAUGAUCGCAUGUCGAACAUAAUAACAAAAAAAGCUAACGUUUGUUCAACGAAUUAUCGUAUUAAGUGAGAGAGGCAGCUAAUCAAAAUCGGUCAACGGCGGAGCAACGUUUCAAUAGCUGCUGCUUUUUUUUUGUGUGCAUUUCGCGUUGGCAGUGAUUUUUUUUGCAAGUGCAAACGGGAAAAGAACGAAAGGAAACGAAAAAGAGAAAAAGCUGACGACGCUGCCGGCCCAAUAAAUACAUCAAUACACUUAACAAAAAAGAGUAAAAACUCGCAUUGUUUUUGUUGUUGUUUGGCUGCUGUUCGUAUUAAGUUUAAGGCAACCAUAUUGCUGCAACAGCAACAAUAACAAACAACAACAAAAACAGCGACGGGGCGACGACGAAAUGGCGUUAAAAAAAGUGAAGGGAAAUUUCGAGCGCAUGUUUGAUAAAAACCUGACAGAUUUGGUGCGCGGCAUACGGAAUAAUAAGGAUAAUGAGGCCAAAUACAUAUCGCAAUGCAUUGAAGAGAUUAAACAGGAGCUGCGCCAGGACAAUAUCAGUGUCAAAUGCAAUGCAGUCGCCAAGCUGACCUAUAUACAAAUGCUCGGCUACGACAUCUCGUGGGCAGGCUUCAACAUCAUCGAGGUGAUGAGUUCCUCGCGUUUCACAUGCAAACGCAUCGGUUACCUGGCGGCCAGUCAAUGCUUCCAUCCGGACAGCGAGCUGCUGAUGUUAACCACGAAUAUGAUACGCAAGGACCUCAACUCACAGAAUCAAUAUGAUGCGGGCGUUGCGCUCAGUGGUCUCAGUUGCUUCAUUUCGCCGGAUUUGUCGCGAGAUCUGGCCAACGAUAUUAUGACACUGAUGAGCUCAACGAAACCGUAUCUGCGCAUGAAAGCAGUGCUGAUGAUGUAUAAAGUAUUUCUGCGCUAUCCCGAGGCAUUGCGUCCCGCAUUUCCCAAGCUCAAAGAGAAGCUCGAGGAUCCCGAUCCAGGCGUACAAUCGGCGGCGGUGAAUGUGAUUUGUGAGCUCGCCCGCAAGAAUCCAAAAAACUAUCUGCCCUUGGCGCCAGUGUUCUUCAAGCUGAUGACCACAUCGACCAACAAUUGGAUGCUCAUCAAGAUCAUCAAGCUGUUUGGCGCUUUAACUCCCUUAGAACCCCGGCUAGGAAAGAAAUUAAUAGAGCCACUCACAAAUCUAAUUCAUAGCACCUCGGCCAUGAGUUUGCUCUACGAGUGCAUCAACACGGUGAUCGCGGUGCUGAUCAGCAUCAGCAGCGGCAUGCCCAACCACAGUGCCUCCAUCCAGCUGUGCGUCCAAAAGUUGCGCAUCCUCAUCGAGGACUCCGAUCAGAAUCUUAAAUACCUGGGCCUGCUCGCGAUGUCCAAGAUACUGAAGACGCAUCCGAAGAGUGUGCAGGCGCACAAGGAUCUGAUACUGGCGUGCCUGGACGACAAGGACGAAUCGAUACGCCUGCGUGCCCUCGAUCUGCUCUACGGGAUGGUAUCGAAAAAGAAUCUAAUGGAGAUUGUGAAGCGACUGCUCGGCCACAUGGAGAGAGCCGAGGGCUCGGCGUAUCGCGACGAGCUGCUCUUCAAGGUGAUCGAGAUAUGUGCCCAGAGUUCCUAUCUGUAUGUGACCAAUUUCGAAUGGUAUAUGACGGUGCUGGUCGAGCUCAUCCAACUGGAGGCGGGCUCCAAGCACGGCCGCUUGAUUGCCGAACAACUGCUGGAUGUGGCCAUCCGUGUGCCUGUGGUGCGGCAAUUCGCUGUGAACGAGAUGACAAAUCUGCUCGACACGUUCGCGGUGUCGGCGCAAAGCAAUUCCAUGUACGAGGUGCUCUAUGCCGCCGCCUGGAUCGUCGGCGAGUUCUCCGGCGAAUUGACGGACGCGGAGAAGACGCUGAACAUUCUGUUGCGACCGCGACAGCUGCCUGGGCACAUCCAAGGCGUCUAUGUGCAGAAUGUGAUCAAGCUGUUCGCUCGACUGGCGACCUCGUGCCUUGAGCUGCAGGAUUUGCCAGGACUAGAGCGACUCUGUGACCACGUGCUCGAGAAGCUGCAGCAUUUCAAUGGCUCCAACGACAUCGAGGUGCAGGAACGCGCCAAUUCCGCUUGCAUGCUGAUCGAAAUGCUGCGCAAACAGCUCAACGUGGAUGCAACGGGCGCUGAAACGAACGUCAUUCCAACGCUGGCCAUCGAGAUUGUCCAGGAAAUGGCGCUGCUCUUUGCCGGCGAACUCAUUCCGGUUGCGCCGAAGGCACAGCGCAAAGUGCCGCUGCCCGAUGGCCUCGAUUUGGAUGAAUGGAUCAAUGCCCCGCCUCCACCCGAUGCUGGCAGCAGUUCAUCGUCGGAGCACGACAAGGACGAGCUGUUUGUCUGCUCAUCGCAAGCGGAUGGCGAUGAUGGCAACAAAGCUGGCGGUGGCGGGGGGAGGAGACGCGGCAGCCUGGAGCUCACACCGGAGCAGAUGGAGCGACAGCGCAUGGCGCGUUUGAUCGAACAAUCGAAUAAUCCGCACUAUCUGAAGUCAACGCCAACUACGAGCAACAACUCGAAUGCGGAUCAGUAUGAUAACAUUGAUGAUAUACCCAUCACUGAGCUGCCCCUGGACAUUGAGGGCGUCGCCGCAUUGCGUGUGGGCAUUACCAAACGCUCGGAUAAGUAUUUGCAGGAGCAACAGCAACAACAGGCGGCCGGGAGCAGCAGCAAGGAUGCCAAAAAGAAGCAUAAAAAGAGCAAAAAGAGCAAAAAAUCAAAAAACAAAGUUGCGUACAACAGCAGUUCCGAAUCGGAGACGGAGCCAAAGCCAUUGCACAUUGUCAACACAACGCUGGACAUGCCCGAGGGUGUGACGCUCUCCGACAGCGAGGAUAAGGACGGCAAAUACGAUCCAAACGAUCCGCAUCGUGCGCUCGACAUUGAACUGGACAUCGCUGUAUUCGAUACGCCCUCGGCUGGGAAGUCAGCGAAAAACACUUCGAGCAGCAAGUCGGACAAGGAGAAUCUCAAGGCGCCCGCAGAUGCAGCAGCAACCACAAGCAGUUCGCAUGCUGGCAAAAAGGAAAAGAAAUCCAAGGAGCACAAGGCGCGCAAAUCCUCGAAAGAACAACAACAGCCAAGUGUUGUGCCUGACUUGAUAGAUACGGGCAGCAGUCCAUGUCGAACAACACCAACCACAACUGACAAUGGCAACAACAAUGUUGUUGUGGUCAGUCAGCACAAAAAGAAGAAACGCGAAAAGGGCGAACACAAGUCGUCGAGCAAGCGAUCGAGUGAAGCAACAGCAGCAACAGUCACUGGCAACAUAAUUGAUGUGGAUAUUGCUGAAGAUGUUGCUGAAGAUGCCCAGCAGCAACAGCAGCCAGCUGAGUCGUUGGAGUCAACGGCAGUGCGCGACAAGUCGCACAAGAAGAAGCAUAAAAAGGAUAAAUCGCAGCACAAGGAGAAGCGCACGCAUAAGACAACAACAACAACAACAUCGUCAGGCGAUUACGAGCAGCCGCUGGGCAUCUCGACGCCCAGUAAAGAGAUUUUCUAGAUAAUAAAUUCAACACACAUCCAAGAUUUGCCAGUCCAUCGCAAAAGAGCAUGCAUAGUUAGGAACUAUACCUAAAACGUAAUUGUAAUUCCCAAAAAUCAAUUCCUUCUCCUAUGUCUUAAUUAUCGCUGCGAUAUAAAAGAAAAGAAAGUAGAAAAACAGCAGGAAAGUAGAAAAACGAAGCGAAACGAAUUGAACAAAUGCUAAAUCAAGAAAAUUCAAGAAUAUAUUAUUAUGUAAUUUUUAAAAACCGCACUUUGCCAUUGCGGUUGCAAAACAACAACAAAUAUGAACAACAAAUUGAUAUGAAUACUACUAUAUAUUUCUAUUUUUUAAAUGAAUUUGUAGCCCUGAGCCCAGCAGAUGCGCUGAGCGGAUUCCAAUUAUAUACACACAACUUGAUCAAAGCCCCCCAAUUAGUCUAUAUGCUAUAUAUACUAUAUAUAUAUAUAUACCUACAUACGAUAUAACAGUUUACGAAACACAGAACUAAGUGAAAUCUAUAGAUAUAUAGAGAAACGUUGAAUAUAUAUACUAUAUAUACAUAUAUAUACUUAGAGCAUAGUGUAUAUACGGAGUAUAUAAACAAUUAAAUUAUAUACAAAACAAAAUACAUACUUAGCUGUAAACUAUAUAAUGUGCAACUGUUGCGUCCAAUUGUUCAUCCAGUUGCACAAUUUAACAAUAAAUCAGAAUCAGAUGACCAUUAUCCUCCCUCCCCACACACACUUCUUCACAACCAGGAAAACAUCAACAACAAAUUUAUUUCAUUUCAUGCUGCCCAAAAACAAAAUUUCAACAACAAAAUACAUUAAUUAAACAAUUGAAAUUAUAUUCACACAUGCAAAAAUAAAUAUGAAAAUCAAAAGAUUGAA